CUAGAGUCAAGCCGAUACCCUCUCAGUAACUGAAACACCCUAUCAUCAACAGGUUGCUUCGGUUCGAAGAAGGGUCGAGCUGGGCGCCUCUAGUCGCCCACAGAAGAGAAGCUGUUGUCUUCAAAGAUGAAGCGUUUCGGCGCCAAAGUCCUCUCGCGAGGCAAGGACUCCAGCAAGUCCUCCAAGAAGAACAAGGAUUCCAAGGAUGGAACAGCGUCGCCGAAUGCCGCCGCUAGGGAUACCAACCAGUCGCCCGUCUUGACCCCGUCAUCCUCUACCUCGACGCUCAACGAUAUCCGCAACAAGCCGCUGCCUCCCAACAGCGUCUCCCAUGCCGACCACGUUGCCCAGGCCCAGCUCGGCAAUAACGGCGCGAACGCCGGUGCGCCGGACAGAUUCGCCACAGGCGGCCCCGGGCAGGGCGCCAACGGCGGCGGGACGCCUGCGAGGCACGGCCCCUUACCCCCGACCGUUAUAAUCAGCCCGAGUGCUCCGCAUGUGCCACCACCCGGUGCCGCUGAGACCAUGCCUCAUGAUCUCGCCCCGCCGAAGGCUGGCCAGAAGUCAUUGAUGUAUGACCGCCUGCAGCAGACCCCCAAGGACGUCCUGGAGGGCCCCAAGACGCCGAGACGGCAGCAUUCAUCCCGUUUCGACAUCUCCGCCCACCGUGAGCUCGAGAAACUCCCCGGCUUCCACGAGGUUCCCCCCGGACGCCGGGAGGACCUCUUCAUGAAGAAGAUCGAGCAGUGCAACGUCAUUUUUGAUUUCAACGAUGCCAGCGCCGACAUGAAGUCUAAGGAAAUCAAGCGACUGGCCCUCCACGAGCUCCUGGACUAUGUGGCCAACAACCGGCAGGUCAUCACGGAGCCCAUGUACCCGGUCGUUGUCGGCAUGUUUGCCAAGAACCUGUUCCGCCCGAUCCCGCCUCCCAUGAACCCGCAGGGUGAGGCUUUCGACCCGGAAGAGGACGAGCCCGUUCUGGAAGUCGCCUGGCCUCACAUUCAAGUCGUGUACGAGUUCUUCCUUCGCUUCAUCGAGAGCCAGGACUUCAACACGAAUAUCGCAAAAGCGUACAUUGAUCACAGCUUCGUACUUCAGCUCCUCGAGUUGUUCGAUUCCGAAGAUCCCCGGGAACGAGACUUCCUGAAGACCACUCUGCACCGCAUAUACGGCAAAUUCCUCAAUCUCAGAUCUUUUAUCCGCCGCUCCAUCAACAACGUCUUCUUCCAGUUCACCUACGAAACCGAGCGGUUCAACGGCAUCGCUGAGCUCCUCGAGAUACUCGGUUCCAUCAUCAACGGCUUUGCCCUCCCUCUAAAGGAGGAACACAAGCUCUUCCUAACGAGGGUUCUGAUUCCCCUCCACAAGGUGAAGAGUCUGAGCAUGUACCAUCCUCAGCUCGCCUACUGUAUUGUGCAGUUCCUCGAGAAGGAUGCUUCGCUGACGGAAGAGGUCGUGCUUGGUCUCCUGCGGUUCUGGCCCAAGGUCAACAGCACCAAAGAAGUUAUGUUCCUCAACGAGGUUGAGGAUAUCUUUGAAGUCAUGGACCCGGCCGAGUUUGCCAAGGUCCAAGAACCUCUGUUCCACCAGCUGGCGAAAUCGGUAGCGAGUCCCCAUUUCCAGGUCGCCGAACGCGCCCUCUACUUUUGGAACAACGAAUAUUUCUGCAACUUGGUCAGCGACAAUGUUGAAAUCAUUCUGCCCAUCAUGUUUGCGCCGCUAUACGAGAACUCCAAGGGUCACUGGAACAGAACGAUCCAUGGCAUGGUCUACAACGCCAUGAAGCUGUUCAUGGAGAUCAACCCCCAACUGUUCGACGACUGCUCGCACGAGUACACGGAGCAGCAGAAUAGUGCUGCCUCGAGGGAAGCCCUUCGCCAAAGGAAAUGGGCUGCCAUCCAGGACCAAGCCGACCGCAGGAAAACCACCAAUGGGUCGACCGCCACCGCCGGGGCAGCACCGCCAAGGGCGGCCGCGACCACAUUGCCGAGGGUCGACGAGGUGGACGCCGCCGAGGACAACCAAAUGAGACUGAACUCGUUGAAUCUGCAAGAUGGCGACCGGAGAGACCGCCGACCCGAAACGCACGAUAGACAAAACUCGGUUGGCUCGGCGCGGAGUCAGCGGUAAUUGCGAUCAUGUUUGGAUUUCUGGCCUUCCCGAUGCGACGUCGCCCGGUCGGUCCUGGUGUCUCUGAAGAUGGUCUUGCCCUCGCUAUUACGGGCCCCCGCUAGACAGCUUUGGUUUUUAAUCCUGGCCUGUUCUUAACCUGACAGGUCAGGGUGUCGGAGGAGGCUUGAGCAAGGCAUUAAGGGAAUCAAUCCGAAGCACCC